UCACGCUCUUCCCGUUUCUUCCCCUCUCUCUCUCUUAUCUUGUGCGUCUCUGCGAGUUCGUUGGUGCAUCCAUUUUUUCUUCGCGAUCGGCCAUGGACAUGAUCGACGCGGAACUGCGGCUCGGCCCGCCCGGCAGCGCUGCCUUCGUCGUCGUGCAGCCGGCGGCGGCGAAACGGCGGCCGUCGUUGGCGGUGAAGAGUGAGGCGUCCGGGACAGAUGACCAUGAUGCUGACGCCGCACCAGCCUCCAAGGUGCAGGUUGUGGGGUGGCCGCCGGUGAGGGCGUACCGGAAGAACGCGUUCCACUCGGCGGCGUCGACGAAGCCAAACGGCGAGCAGGGAGGUCUGUACGUGAAGGUGAGCAUGGACGGGGCGCCCUACCUCCGGAAGGUCGACCUGCGGACGUACGGUGGGUACAGGGAGCUGAGGGACGCGCUGGACGCUCUUUUCGGCUGCUUCUCCUCCUCGGCCGACGGCGGCGCCCAGUUCACCGUCGCGUACGAGGACAAAGACGGCGACCUCAUGCUCGCCGGCGACGUGCCCUGGGAGAUGUUCGUCUGUUCUUGCAAGAAGCUGAGAAUCAUGAGGGGGUCCGAAGCUAGAUGAUCAAGGAGACGUCCAUUGCGAGCAUGCAAGAAGUUGUUGGGCGCAUGGAAAUGGCCAUAUGACUCACGAGAGAUCGAUGGAUCGAGACAUGGGAUCGAACGCGUUGCAUACCUGCAUGGGGAGGGCGGCCAGCCCAUACGUGCGGACGUGCCCAGAUGCAUCGUGUUCUACGGCCAGCCGCCAGCCCAUACACGCACAGACAUAUGGAGGUGAUGGUUCGAUCACGGCGAAGUACGCAUGCUCUCGAUCGUGUCGGAUGGAUGAGCUCCGCUGUGGCUGUACAGAUCAGAGAUUCAGCCAACAAGUAGCAGCUGGAGGAGUGUAUAUAUAUAAGCUGGAGCUUUUGUUUUGUACUCUAGGAUUUCCCUUUCGUAUGAAUGAAUGAAGAAGGCUGAGAAAUGAGC